GGUGACCACCGACCGUCCUUUUGGUAUUGCGUAUCUUCCAGUGGCAUCUACAUCCACUCCUCAUCAAGAUUCAAUAUCAACUACUUCCUUCCUCUUCUACCUUACAAUUAUAUCUUCUAAACUCUUUCCAUUAUAAUUUUUUCAAUACACAAAACAAAUCAAAAUUAUGCUGCUCAAAAGCUCUUCAACGCCGCUUCUUAGCUCUCUUCUCCCGCCGGACCACCACCACGACACCGUCCGAAAACACUCCUCCUCCCCUUCUCCUCCCCCCUUCGCCUUCCACUGCAAUAACAAAACACUUUCUUUCUCCACCAUUGCUUCUCUCAACUCCUCGCCUUCUUUCUCCGCCACUCCCACGGGCUUCCGGAGAACCCACUCCGAAGGAAAUUUGAAUACACUUUCCCAUGCUCCCGAUGUAAUUGAUGUCCAUGAAGACCCCUUCUCCUUUGAUUCCUUCAAUUUCAAACCCUCCAACUCCCAUAGCCUCAAACGCUCCCUUCUCCAGACUAUACCCUCGUUUUCCUUCUACACCUCUAGAGCCAGGACUGAGGAAGAUGAUGACGACGAUGAUCAACAUACUGAUCCAGAGGAAGAUGAAGAUGGCUUGGGGAGUUUUGGCAUUCAAAACAGGAUGGUGACGGACGCUGCCAUUGUAACUCCGGAGGUUAAGGCCAUGGAGCACGCUUGGACUGAUGGGAUAGGGUUUGUGGGUGAUUCACAGAAAGAGAUGUAUCUAACUAGUGAGCUAGGCAUUGGAGGACAGGGGGAUGGCGGCGGUGGUGGUCGACGGUGGAGUGGUGGCGGUGGUGGCGGAGGGGGUGAGCAACAUGGCAUGGAGGAGUAUUACAAGAAAAUGGUGAUGGAAAAUCCAGGGAAUGCUCUGGUUUUGAGUAACUAUGCGGAGUUCUUGUACCAGAGGAGAGGAGACCUGCGAGGAGCAGAAGAGUAUUACAGCAGAGCCAUUUUGAUGGAUGCCCAAGAUGGAGAAAUUUUGUCAAAAUAUGCUAAGUUAGUGUGGGAGUUGCAUCAUGACCAACAAAAAGCUUUAACCUAUUUCCAACGGGCUCUCCAAGCUUCUCCACAUGACAGCUAUGUGCAAGCUGCCUAUGCCAAUUUCCUGUGGGAAACAGAAGAGGAUGAAGACGAACACAGCUUAGGAAAAGGGAUGGCAACACAGACUUACACGGCAGCCGCAACUAGCUUGAGAUGAAAGUGAUUGCCUAUUGCUUUUUCUUGUUUCCUUCUUUGUAGAAUAAUCUCAUCCUCACUGAUAAUAAACAUUGUCGCAGCAUUUUUAAAGUA